AUGCAGCUCGGUUACAAUCAGCAGUUGUUUGUUCAGAAGGUUCGCGAGGCCUUAGCGAGGCAUGAGUCAAAAUUCGCAGAGAUCAAUCAAAAGAUUUGGUCGGAGCCCGAGUUGGCAUUCGAAGAACAUAGUGCCCACGACAAUAUCUGCGAGCUCUUUGACUCCCUCACCGCAGAUGGGUAUCAGGUCAAGCGUCAAGCAUAUGGCGUUGGGACCGCGCUUGAAGUGAUUUAUACACGGGGCGAGGGCGGUCGAGUUGUCGCAUUUAAUGCUGAAUAUGACGCGUUGCCUGGUAUGGGCCAUGCUUGUGGCCACAACUUGAUUGCCACAAGCUCAAUUGCUGCCUUCAUGGCCACCUGUGAGGCAAUGACUGCAUUGUAUUCUGACGACUUUGGGUUUACUGCGCGUCUCUUGGGUACUCCUGCCGAGGAAGGUGGUGGUGGAAAACUGAAUCUCAUCGAUGCGGGGGCAUACAAGGACGUCGAUGCGUGCUUCAUGGUGCACCCAUUCCCCGUUCUCUCUGGAGCACCAGAUCUUCUCAGCUCGAGUUCCUGCUCCGGCCAGUAUCUGGCCAACGAUAAAGUUUCAGUCACCUUCACUGGCAAGCCGGCACAUGCUUCUGCUGCACCUUGGGAGGGUGUUAAUGCUCUGGAUGCAGUCGUCGCUGCCUAUGUCAACAUCUCCCUGCUUCGACAGCAGAUCCUGCCCACGCAGAAAAUCCACGGUGUUGUGCUGAGAGGUGGUGAGAGACCAAACGUUAUCCCAGCCUCCACAACUGUGGAAUACUACGUUCGAGCAGACACCGCUAAGACAUUGAAACCACUUACUGAGCGAGUCGUGAAGUGUUUCGAUGCUGCAGCUACUGCGACUGGCUGUACGGUCGAGUAUGAAUGGGCACCUUCGUACAAGGACAUGAAAAUCAACCGCCCCAUCUGCGACAGCUAUACCGCUGUCAUGAACGCAAUGGGCUAUAGCACUAUCUUCGACUCUGCCGGCCAAGAGGGCGGGCUUAGUGGAGGGUCUACAGACAUGGGCAAUGUUUCUAACGAAGUCCCCGGGUUCCACGGCGGAUUCUAUAUUCACGCAGACGGGGUCAAUCAUACUCCACAGUUUACCGCCGGUGCAGGCUCCGAGGAGGGUUUCAGGCGGUCUUUGUAUUGUGCGGCCGGUAUGGCUGUUGUUGCUUGUCAGGUGCUGGCGGAUACUGGCUUCGCUGCUGGAGUCAAGUCAGAUUUCAAGAAUGAUACAUAG